AAAUGUGCGAAAGAACGAUAGCAAAGUAUGAGGAAGAACUUUGUUGUGUGAAAAUGUGUGAAAGAACGAUAGCAGAGUACAAAGAGGAACUUUCUCGGACAAAAGAAGAGAACGAGAGACUACGUCAACUAUUGGAGGCUGUUUUCAAGAAAGCUCAAGUUGUGUUACACAGAACAGACGUCUGUGAAAAAUAUCGUCCACCUGAGCAGCAGGAGGGGUCCUCCAGUAUGGAGCAGAAGAAGUCACAGUACCUCCACGUGAAAGAAGAGGAGCCACAGCCCCACUACUUUAAAGUGGAGGAAAAACAGCGGCUGUCCCCCCACUUCAUAAAGGAAGACAAGAGACACCUGAUCAGUGUGACGAGUGAAGAUGAUGAGGUCAAAGGUGAGUGUGUGGAGAAGAGAGAGGCGGAGCCUCCAAGCAGCAGUUUAGCAGAAGCUGAUGGAGACCACUGUGGAGGAUCACAAGCAGACAAGCUCUUAGCUCCACUAUCAGAUAGUGAGGACACAACGUCACACUCUCCUGACACUGAUGAUGAAGACUCUAAAGAUGAUAAGACAUGUCACACGGACAACACUCACUUCACAUGUUCUACCUGUCACAAAACUUAUAAAUAUCUUAGCUAUUUGAAAAGACACAUGAGAACACACACUGGAGAGAAACCUUUUUCAUGUUCAAUCUGUGGUACAGAUUUUACUCGAAGGCAAACUUUGAAAACACACAUGAGAAUACACACUGGAGAAAAACCUUUUUCCUGCUUAGAAUGUGGCAAAAGUUUUCAAACAAAUCAAAGGUUAAAAAUACACAUGAGAAUACACACAGGAGAAAAACCUUUUUCCUGCUCAGAAUGUGGUAAAAGUUUUCUUGUAAAUCAAAGAUUAAAAGUACACAUGUAA